UAUAACUAUAUCUGUGAUAACUGUGUAUCCCUAUCAUCUUACUCUCAUCCUACCUAUCGGGCCAUAUGUAUAUGUGUGUGCAUAUAUAGAUAUGCACCCGUGUAAUGUUUUUUGUCAGGUAUCAAAAUACCUUAUCAGGAAGCCACUGAUGCACAUGUCAGUGCCACACUUAGAUGUAUACACGUCCAUCAGGUGGUCAGCUGUUGGCCUGUGUCUAUUACAUGUGUUAAUGUUUACACUUUGUCAAAGAGCGAGUGCACACUGUUGUUAACACACAUGUACUAAACAAGGAUGUGGAUAUAUAGCAGCAUGUUUUGAAUUUUGACACAGAGCUGUCACAGACUGUAUUUGUGAAACCACAUCCACAGGAGUCGGCUUAAUGUAGUAUAUAUCACACGGAGGGAAAGAAAACAAACAAUCUACACUAUACCGAACACACGUGUGCUGAUAAAAAUAAUCGAGAGUUGUCGACGGACUAGAGGACUGCAGGAUGCUGAUACUAAUUCAACCUUAGGUUUCUUCGACCUGUUUUAGAUGAAAUGUUUCUGUGACAACGGAGUGUUCAACAUUAUAUAUUUCUAUGUAAUCCAGACAUAAUAAUAUUUGUGGAACUUCUUCUCAAGUCCUUUUCCUGGUAUAUAUCAGUAUAUUAUAUUUCUGGAUCCUAUUUGUUGGACUUGUAUGCUCACAUACUUAUAUCUAUUACUGGGACUUGGUCAAACACCAGUUGUUCAGAUUUCCUAGAUUUCUUCAGAUUGAAUUAUUUUGGGAUUAAUUCAAGCAAGAAUUUCUUUUACAAGAUGAGUUACCAAGAUUUUCCUUUGAUGUACGAUUUCCAAGCUGCCAUGAGUGAUAGCCCCUAUGGCCUUGACCCUGGUAUGGACCAUGGAGGAUACUUACCGCCCAAUGCCUAUGACCAGUACAUAUACAACCAGAAACAGGGAUACCUACCUCAGCACCACCCAAAUCCACAUAAAUCCAUGUUUGAUGCGGUGGGGAUGUAUGGAGAGAUGCAGAGUCCUAGCAACAUGUCCACAACGAGUCUGUCCCCGUCGCCACCCCCGCCUCCUAGGAUGUACAAACCAUGUGUCGUGUGUAGCGACAAAUCCUCAGGGUAUCACUAUGGAGUCAGCUCCUGUGAGGGCUGCAAGGGAUUUUUCCGUCGUAGCGUACAAAAAAAUAUGCAAUAUACUUGCCACAAGGAUAAAAACUGCCCCAUCAACAAAGUGACACGGAAUCGCUGUCAAUACUGCCGGCUUCAAAAGUGUUUCGCCUCAGGAAUGUCGAAAGAAGCUGUAAGGAACGAUCGAAACAAGAAAAAGAAAAUGAAAGUCGAAAUUGAUGGUACAGAUACAGCAUGCUCAACAGAAGAAGUAACGGACGAUGAUAUGGGUAUUCUACAGGAAAUACUCGAUGCUCACAAUUCCACAUUUCCAAAUAUAGAGGAGGAAGUCUUGUCCCCCGUGAGUACGAAUCCAGUGUUGGACAGUUCGGAGGAGAAACAAAUUAAAGGGGAACAGCAACAGGAUAAUAAGGACGACGACGACAAAGAGCAAACUGUGAAAUUAAUGUUAUGGGAACGUGUGACUGAACUUUCAUCCAAAGGGAUUAUUAAAAUAGUGGAAUUCGCAAAAAAGAUUUCUGGAUUUACCUCCCUUUCCUCGUCCGAUCAAAUUACGUUACUAAAGGCAGCCUGUUUAGAAAUAAUGAUAUUACGAUUAUGUUCCCGGUACAACCUCGACCAGGAUGUGAUGAUGUUUAGUGGCGGACUUACUCUCGACCGCGAUCAGUUACAAAAUGGAGGUUUUGGAUCACUAACAGAGACAAUAUUUAAAUUUGCUUCCUCUCUCAAAAUGUUGGAAAUUGAUGACAUGGAAUUCGCCGUGUUAUCAGCUGUGUGUUUAAUAAGUGGAGAUCGAUCCGGUUUAGAAAAUCCACAGAAAAUUGAAGAAAUGCAGGAACCUAUUCUCGAGGCCUUGAAACAUUACAUCCGGACGAGGCGGAAAGAUCAACCAAUUACAUGGGCCAAGAUGUUAAUGAAGGUGACGGACCUGCGCAGCAUCAGUGUGAAAGGAGCAGAAAGGGUGCUUCAUCUGAGAUUAGAAAUGCCGGACGAAUUACCUCCCUUGAUCAUUGAGAUGUUAGACAGAUCAGAGAAUGUCUGCUUGCCUUGAUGUUUACACCAGGGAUAUCAUACCUAAAUUAAAUAUACGGUGAUAUGGUCUUAAUCCAGGAUGUUUUUUGUUACACAAACUCUACUUUUCAUGGUGAUGAAUUGUGUGUUGAAACUGGUACUAUUUUUCUGCAAAGUCUUGGAUAUGAAACACAAAAAUAUUUAUUCUAUAUGAAGCUGAGUUCUAAAGGACAAAAGGAAAUGAUGUUUUAAAACAUCACUUGACACUGACGAAGCUUCAAGGUUAGAUGAUUCCUCAUUGUUUCUAAAAGUGUUAUAAAUACACUUUGAAGUUUGUGAAAUGUGCCUGAUAAAAAUGGAUUCAGGAAACAUACUAAUCUACUAACACUUGAUUUAUACAUAUAAAGCCAGCAUAAUGCUCAAGUUAACUCUGAAUUAUUAUCAAUCUGAUUCAUAUCAAAUCCUUCUCUCCGUUCCAGUUAUUGUGUUAGAUCCUGCAGCACUGCAGUAGGGUCAUUAAGUGCAUUCUGGUGACUUAGUACUAUGUUGCUUGGUAUUAUAUACACAGUAUGUACUAUGUUGCUUGGUAUUAUAUACACAGUAUGUACUAUGAUGCUUGUAUUAUAUACACAAUUUUUUCGAUACUUAUCAUUUUCAAAAGCAGCAUACUGAUUGGGUAAAGGAAAAGGUCGACAGAACUUGACCUCAAAGUAACAGAAUGAAGGAUUUGAUUUGUUUUAGGUGGACUUAUUACUAGAAAUGUUAAUCAAAAUUUUUCUAAGGGAGCUAACUCUUACUGAACUAACAAAUAAGUGUAAAGUAAAAUGUAGCAUUAUGUUCGUGCCAUUGAUUGUGUCAUUAUAUUGCUUGUAAAGCAUUAUGAUGAGAGUUCAAGGGAGACUUAGUUACACUCUAGGGAAACGUUUUCUGGUGGGAAAAUGGUCACUUUAAAAAAAGAACGUUACUGACAUAUUUACUUGAAUUAAUAGGGAAAGUUUGACUUUAAACCAGUAGUUGUGUAGUGGUGAAAAGUGUAACUUUGAGCCAGUAGUUUGACAGUGAUGAAAAGUGUACCUUUGAGCAAGUAGUGGACCAGCUAGUGGUGUAAAGUGUAACUUUGAGCCAGUAGUGGACAGUGGUGUAAAGUGUAACUUUGAGCCAGUAGUUGAACAGUGAUGAAAAGUGUAACUUUUAGCCAAUAGUGGAACAGUGGUGAAAAGGUGUAACUUUGAGCCAGUAGUUGGACUGGUGAAAAGUGUAACUCUGAGCCAGUUGUUGGACAGUGGUACAUACCAGAAAUGUAACUUUAAAAUGGUUGAUGGAUAGAAUCAUCAAAAAAGAUUAAUACACACUUUGAACAUGCAGUUGGAUAUUGUUAAAAAAAGUUUAACUUUAACAUAAAGCUAUAUUAGGGCAUCAAAAUAGUGUAUUUUUGAACCAGAAGUUGGACUUUAAAGAUGCAGUUGGAUAUUGUUACAAAAAAAAAGUAACUUAAACACACUGUUAGGUUAUGACAUUAUAAGUGGUAACUGUCAGAAAAGCCACAUUCUUGGUCGUGAAAGUGUUUCAAGUUGUGUUGUUUCUAUAACAUAGAUAUACAUUCUGAACAAACAAUGUUUAUAAGACUUUUCAUGUAGGUUCUAGUUGCUAUAUUUGACAGACGAUAAGUUUAGACUGAGUAAAAUAAAAAUGACAUUUUCAGAACAUCGUGCUGGAUAUUACAAAACUGAUUCCCAUACCAGCCUAUAAACUAACCCUUUCAUCCCUAGGUAAUUUUAGUGGACUCUACCAUACAUUUAUUGAGAUGGGUCCAUUAUGGUCUACAGUGGUUAAAGGGCUAAAUGCAGUAAUGUUCUGAUCUUCAUGCUUCAAAAUGUUAUACAUAGAAAACUUCACUAUUUUUCCACUGAACAAGAUAACAUUCACUCUUAUCAAACUUAUAAGUAUUCUACCGUACUCAUGAAACAUAGAUGGUUUUCCAUAAGAACCUGUGAAAUAUCCUCUGAAGUAUUCGGGAGGGGUUGUUUAUAUAUAGAAAUACGGUACCUCCUUUUCUUGUCCGUUCUGAUGUUUUGUGCAAUAAGACUGUAUCGCCCUAAAGUUAUACGUUUUGAUAUUAUUUGUAAGAACACAUUCUACCUCAGAAGAACUCAAAAGUGAUUCUUAUAUUUCAAUCAUGUACUAUAAUUGUAUAUAUAUAUCAUAAAUGAAGCCAUUUGUAUAAUUUACUAAAUGACAUUUCCUGUUUUAUGCAGUGUCUUGUAUUUAAACGGAUCCCUCUUGGCAAAUAUAUCGUUGUUAUUUAAAAGCAUAUCUUAUUGGUGUUUUUUGUUUGUUACGUAAGGUUACAUCUGUUGUUAGUAAUAUUUCCAGAUUGUUUUUCAUGAAUUUUCUUUGAAUUUAAAAUGUACAUUGGCAUCUUAUUAUUUUUUUUUUAAACAAAAACAUAUUACAUCCAAAUAGACUUGGAUUGGAACAUGAAAGGUAAUUUAAAAUUACCCAAAUGCAAAAUAUGUUAAGUUACUAUUUCAAACCAAUGUGCUCAUUAUGAAAUACUGUUAGUUUACUGAUGUUUUAUUCAAGUGUCUUUGUGAUUGCAUGUAUUAAUUGUAUUUUGGGGGGAAUUUCAAUUCAGAAAUGCCUACAAUCUUAGUUUGAAUAUUACCAAUAACAUUUGUGGGAAUGAAUGAAAACAUUGAUAUAUUGGUCAAGAUGGAUCACAAGACUGUUUUUACCUUUUUAAAGGUUCAAUUUUAAAGAUGUUUUCAUUAUAUACCAACAUUCAGGGAUAGCGUGUUUGUGUUUCUUGUGAUGACAUGAGAGAGUAAAAACGAUUUGUGAGACACUGUUGAUGAAUACAUACUGUUUGAUUUGUAUCAGAAAAUGUUGACGUCGAUGUAAAUAUGUAAACAGGAAUACUACUGCCCAGUUACGUGAACUGGAUCUUUGUAGUGGAAACAUUGGUUUUCAAAAUAUUUAAGUUUAAAAAUUUGUAGCCGUCGUGUGUAUGACAAGGAUUUUUUCUUGUUUAUUUUUCAAGGUAAAUAUUUCAAGGGUUAACUAUUUUCAACUGUUCAAAACAGUCAGGUAUUGGACUAUUCCGUCUUUUCGUAUUGCAGAGUUAUCUGCACUUGUGAGCAGGUAUUGAUUGUUACGUCAUUUG